CUCCGUAAAACUCAGAUGGUUGCGCAUUAUUCGGAAUUUUGCCCUGGAGGCGCGUAAACCCUAUUCGGUGCGUUUGAACUGCAUUUAUUUUGCACCUUAGCACACCACUCUCCUUUCUGGUAACAGAGUAAAUGCGGUAGUGUCUGAGUCCCAUCCUCUUACUCUUCUGCCAGCGGCUGGGAAAACUUCGUGGGAAAAAUGGACCCCUCUAAGACUUCUGGGAAAUGUAGUCCACAGUCGAAAAAGAGCAGUCUGGAAAAAGAACCACUAGCUCGCCUCUGAGCAUGCUAGCAGGAGUGCUGCGCAGGCGCAGGCUCUGUGGCUUGCCAUCGUCGCCUUUGUCUGCUGGCCAGCAUCUUUGUGUACCCCAGGAGCAGAGGUUACCCUAGCCUUCCAACCUCUCAUGAGUUCUGAGGCCUCAGCUGGACUUGGGUCUGCUGCUUCGAUUUCCAGAGAUAGUAUCAGAGGCCUGAAUCACUUUUCUCAUUGCAAGUUGAAAGCCUACAGUUCAAACAAAAACAGUGGGUGAUUGGGAAGAAGUGUAAAUCUGAAGAAACAGUCUCUGGAGUUUAUACACAGAGAAGGACAUAGGAUGAAAGACUUGUGAGUUAUCUCAUCUCCUAGGAAAACCUAGGAAGCAAAGUAUUUCCUCUGGACAAAGACAUUGUAUAUGAGACUCAGCUGAAGAAAAUUUGAACUUAAUUUACCCACAUCCAUAAUUUACUUAAGAAAAUGAGAGAAACUGUAAGAAAGAACCAUUAGUAUAAAGGCAGUGCUGUAUUUCAGUCCCUCUUGUAACCUCAUCCUGGGGUACUCACGUAAAAAGUCUCUCAUUCUAAUUAAGUUUCAUUAGAUACUUGUGAGUUAAUAUUGAAAAGAAAUUGUAUGUCUUUAGUAAACGUGGAAAAGCCUUCAUCCUAUCUUGGUAGAUGCUAGCAGAAAACCCUUGUAUGUAACGGGAUGUUGGAAAGUCUUCACCCUGAGUCAGAUCUUCUGCAUGAUGAACUCAAUCCUGGAGAGAAACUUUAUGAGUGUAAUGAAUGUAGAAAAACCUUUAGCCUAAAAGAAAACUUUGUAGAGCACAAGAAAAUGCAUGGUGAAGAGAAGCCACACGAAUGUACAGAGUGUGGCAAAGCAUUUUCUCGAGUCUCAUCACUGACUCUGCAUUUGAGAAGUCAUGCACAGAGGAAAUCAUAUAAAUGUGGUAAAUGUGGAAAAGCCUUCAGCCAGAGAGGAAACUUCCUUUCUCAUCAGAAACAACAUACUGAAGAGAAACCCCAUGACUUCAAGAAAACUUCCAUUCAGAUGACACCCCUUAUUAGAAAUCCGACACAUACGGGAAACAAACCAUUUGCAUGUAAGGAAUGUGGCAAAGCUUUUAAUGGCAAAUCAUAUCUCAAAGAACAUGAGAAAAUUCAUACCGGAGAGAAACCAUUUGAGUGUAAUCAGUGUGGAAGGGCCUUCAGCCAGAAGCAGUACCUCAUCAAACAUCAGAACAUCCACAGUGGAAAGAAACCUUUUAAAUGUAAUGAGUGUGGUAAGGCGUUUAGCCAGAAGGAAAACCUCAUUAUACACCAGAGAAUCCAUACUGGAGAGAAACCUUAUGAAUGUAAAGGGUGUGGGAAAGCCUUCAUUCAGAAAUCAAGCCUCAUUAGACACCAGAGAAGUCACACAGGAGAGAAACCUUAUACAUGUAAGGAGUGUGGAAAAGCCUUCAGUGGCAAAUCAAACCUCACUGAGCAUGAGAAAAUUCAUAUUGGAGAGAAACCCUAUAAAUGUAAUGAAUGUGGAACAAUUUUCAGGCAGAAGCAGUACCUCAUCAAACAUCACAAUAUUCAUACGGGUGAAAAACCCUAUGAAUGUAAUAAAUGUGGGAAAGCCUUCUCUCGGAUUACAUCACUUAUUGUGCAUGUGAGAAUUCAUACGGGUGAUAAACCCUAUGAAUGUAAAAUCUGUGGAAAAGCCUUCUGUCAAAGUUCAUCUCUUACAGUGCACAUGAGAAGCCACACCGGUGAGAAACCCUAUGGUUGUAAUGAAUGUGGGAAGGCCUUUUCUCAGUUCUCAACUCUUGCUUUACACAUGAGAAUCCAUACUGGGGAAAAGCCUUAUCAGUGUAGUGAAUGUGGGAAGGCUUUCAGCCAGAAGUCACAUCACAUUAGACACCAGAGAAUUCAUAUUCAUUAAAACUCUGUAAAUGUCUUAGAUUUAGGAACGCUUGAGCAGAAUGUAUUAUUAGGAAUAUAUCAAAAGAUGCAUCUUACAUUAAGUUUAUACAAAUGUAGGAAAUCCUUCUGUAGUGACUGGAAACUUAAAGUACAAAGAUAUUUAGUAAGAUGUAUCACAAUAUAUAUACUUCCCAGACUCUCAAGAAGUAUUAUAAUUUUAGGGCCUUUCUCAAUGAACAUAGUCCAAUUAGCAUAAUCUUAGAAAGCUUAUCAAAUGUAUCGAGAUAAUAUGAGCAAUAUAAAGGUUUGAAAUUAAGAGGCAAAAAUAUUUUUGAUAUAUGCUUUGCUAUAUGGAUAAUUUGAAAAAGUCAUUUUUCAAAAAAGACAUUUUGGGACAGGGUCUUCCUAUGUACAUAGCCCAGGGUGACCUUAAACUCACUGUGUAGCCCAAGUUGGCCCCAUGCUUCUGAUGAUCCGCUUGCUCAGCCUCCCAGUGCUGCAAUUCCAGAUGUACAGCACCAUGCUCACUCAGAAGUCUUUGUUGAUAGAGCGGAAUAAAGUUGAGGUCAGGACAGGAUACUGAAUCUAGAAACAUGAAUGAAUUCAUGGGGGAUUGGUAAUUGAGUCUGGCAGCAUUCCAGAUACUGCCAGAAAUCGUGGAUGACUUAAAAAAAUAGUCUCAGAUAAUUAACUUUUGGGGGGAAAUAAUAGACCUGAUAUCCUCAUUUAUUGAAGUACUUCUUAGGAAUUCCAGUGUCUUUGCAGAAAGCAGAGGCUUGUAUAAAAUUUCUAAGAGGAUGGUUUCUGAGACUUGAGUGGGAAAGAAAUUCUAGAUUCUAGAACCCUUAGCUGUUACUCUUGAGUAUUUAUACUUACUCUCAAGAAACUGAUAGGCUUAUGUAGGGAGUCAUGUACCAGUCCGUCUGUUCAUUGCAGCACCAAUUAUGGUAGGAAAAAAUGGGCACAGAUGUUUGUUGCUUAUGAAGCAGAUGAGUAAAAUGUAACAGUUAUAUAGUAGAAUACUCUAGCAGCUGAGCACAACAGCUUAAAUCUGUGUGUUAACAGCAAAGGAAAAAACGGGAAAGAAAAAAUCAGAACAAAGACAAUUGAAUUGAUGGAUAUAUUGUGAUGAUUCCUGUGUAAAUUUGAAUAAGACCCAUUUGUCUAACUAAGCAUUGCCUAUGGGAAACACUUUUCUCUACAGCUAGAAUUGGGAGGAUGUGUAUUCAGUUCCCCAAAAGUGGUUGCUGCUGUUAUAGUAAGAAUGGAGUUUUAUAGAAAUGAAAUGUGACAAAGCAGGGUAACUAAAUGCUACUCCAGUUUUAUAUCUAAAUAUCUACUUUUCAUUAAAGAUUCCAAAUGUAACCAAUUGGUUGUUCCAUAUUGUGACAAAAUAUAUUCUUUUUAAGAUAGAUGUGGGUGAGAUACAUAUUGUGACAACAGUCCCCAUUGUAUGUGUGGGGACAUCCCAAGGCCCCUAGUGGGUAUCCGAAGUCCUGUAUAGUACUUAACUGUGUUAGGUUUUCCUAUGUACAUACAUACCUGUGCUGAAGUUUAUAAGCUCCGUAAAAGUCUACCGGCGACUGUUUACACAGCAUAGUAACCUCAGUAUAUGCCUUUCCUUCAUUCUUAUUGAGAGCACUCAUGUCUUCAAGUAAAGGAUCUAUAGCUUCGCUUUUGCUUUCAUGUUCUUGGGCGUUGAGCCAUUAUUGAGUAAAAUAAGUGUUGCUGUGGCGUUCCUGUCCAUUGAUUGGACCCAGACUAAUAAUAUUUGGAAAAGUCCUACCCUGA